ACAUUCGCUUUGGACGGACGAGUGAGAAUCUUGCAGUCCCACUCCUCCCCCCCGUCGCCGUCGCCGCCGCCGCCGGUCCAGCCCAAACCCUAGCCGCCGAGCUCGCCGCCGGCCGCCGGCCAUGGACCGCAAGCGCAUCAACGACGCGUUAGACAGGCAUCUGCGGACGGCCGCGGAGCGGCCGUCGCCCUCCACCUCCCGCGGCGCCAAGCCCAAGCCGCCCUCCGCGGCCGCCCCCAAGCCCAAAGGUAUCCUCCGCCCCCCCUCCCGCCGUCCGUCCACCUCCUCCGCCGCCUUACUCUAUCUUAUUACGUUUGUUUGCGCGUUCGGGGCGGCAGAGCAGCUGGAUUCGGAUAGCAGCGACGAGGGGGGCAGCGCCGGCGGCUCCUCGGAGGCGGACGACACCUUCUGGAUCAACUGGUUCUGCGCCAUGAGGGGCAACGAGUUCUUCGCCGAGGUCGACGACGACUACAUCCAGGACGACUUCAACCUCUGCGGCCUCAGCGCCCAGGUCCCCUACUACGACCACGCCCUCGAUCUCAUCCUCGACCUCGAGCCGGUCCAGGAGGAUGUGUUUGCCGAUGACCAGAAUGAACUGGUUGUCGCGUCCGCGGAGAUGCUUUACGGUUUGAUCCACGCCCGGUACAUCUUGACUACUAAGGGCUUGGCGGCAAUGCUGGAGAAGUUCAAGAACUGUGACUUUGGAAGGUGCCCCCGCGUAUCCUGCUCUGGCCAGCCCUGUCUUCCAAUGGGCCAGUCCGAUAUCGCUAGGACCAGUACCGUCAAGAUAUAUUGCCCUAAAUGCGAAGAUCUCUACUACCCAAGAUCGAAGCACCAAGCCAAUACAGACGGGGCAUACUUUGGGACGACGUUUCCUCAUAUGUUCAUGAUGACCCACUCACAGUUGAAGCCACAGAAGCCAGCGCAGCAAUACGUUCCGCGGAUAUUCGGCUUUAAAGUCCAGAAGAAAACAUGACGGUAUCAUGGCGGCGAACUGCCUUGUGCUUGUCUUUGCCUAGUCAGUCUCCAGGAAUGAUGGGGAUCCACACUAUAGCUGGGCAUGGAAAAUGCUAUGGCCGAUUCAAGACAACAAGACACCAAACAACUAUGGCACAUUCUUUUUCUGUAUGAAGGCCUGCUCUCUGGAAAAAAAAAUCUUGAGGAGCUUUGAUCAACCUGUCAGAUCCAUGUCAUUAUUUGGUAUUUGCACGAUCCCAGUGAAAUGGGAAAUGGGUUUGUGCAUUUGCUCUGUUUUUGAUUUUGGAUGCGCGUCCAGACGGGGCAGUAUGUUGAUGAAUCUGUUGUGUAUCCUAAUGUAUUUUCACUCUUCAUUCUGUGGUGACGAGCAAUUGGUCGGAUGAGACUGCUGGAGGAAAUGGUGUUUCGCACUAUUA